AUGAGCGUCUCCAAACCCCCGCCGCCCCCCUCCACCUCCCACCUGGCCAUACCCCCUUCCUCCUCCACCUCCACCCCUUCCUCAUCCGCCUCCUCCCCCAUGGCGACGCCCCACUCUGCUGGCCCGCCCCCGCCCUCGCCAGUCAAGAUCUCUAUGCAGGAGCACUUUGCCAUCAACGUGUGCCCGGGCCCCAUCCUCCCCAUCCCACAGAUCUCAGACUUCUUCCCCCGUUUCCACGACUACCCCUGCACGCCACCACCCCCAAGGGAGAAGAAGAUCCUGAAAGAGGAGACUUUUAAUGGGGAGACGGGCGGAGGAUACAAGGAUGGGGAGAGGAGGGGGGACAACGACGGAGACAGGGAGGAGGCGGUCGACUCUGAUGAUGAUGACACCUACCUGGGAACGUUGGAGUUCACCCUGCUCUUUGAUCAGGAGAACAACUGUCUUCAUUGUACUAUUCACAAAGCAAAGGGACUGAAAGCCAUGGACUCCAAUGGACUGGCUGAUCCAUACGUCAAGCUUCAUCUUCUCCCCGGGGCUAGCAAGGCAAACAAGCUACGCACAAAAACCCUGAAGAAUACGCUGAACCCAGUGUGGAACGAAACGCUGGUGUAUCAUGGCAUCACAGCAGCCGACAUGACCACCAAAACGCUCAGGCUGUGUGUGUGUGACAUGGACAGACUCGGAAGAAAUGAAUUCAUCGGAGAGGUGAGAGUGGCUCUGAAGAAACUGAAAGAGGGCGAGAACAAGCGCUACAAUAUGGGCCUCGAGAGAAUUGCACAGAAUAAAGAAGCUAACAAUCAAACAGUGGAGCAGGGAGCGGUCGUGGCAGAGGAGGAGCGUGGCCGCAUCCUGGUGUCACUGUGCUAUAACACAGAGAAGGGCUGCCUGCUGGUUGGGAUCAUACGCUGUGCCCAUCUGGCUGCCAUGGACUCCAACGGCUACUCUGACCCCUUCGUCAAAAUCAUCUUGCAGCCAGACAUGGGGAAAAAGUCCAAGUACAAGACAUCAGUGAAGAAAAAGACUCUCAACCCCGAAUUCAAUGAGGAGUUUUCAUACGAAGUAACCCUGGACCAGCUGGCGAAGAAAACCCUGGAGAUCUCUGUGUGGGACUAUGACUUGGGAAUGAGCAACGACUUCAUAGGCGGAGUGGAGCUGGGCAUCAAUGCAAGUGGACAGAGACUCAGACACUGGUUCGACUGUCUCAAAAACAAAGGGAAGAAAGUGGAGUACUGGCAUACGCUCACACAGCAAGGAGCCCCGAGCAGUGACAAACCGGACUAGAUCACACAAGAAAUUCAUGCAUACACGCACACGUACACACACAAACACACACACUGGAAGAUGGUUGAUAACAGAGACCAAGUGAGACAGUAGUAAGAGCAAAGGAUAAAACAUGCAAUAAUAAUAAUAAUGUUGAAACUGAUCAUAUAACGCCAACAAUUACUGCACCAAGUAUUAGUAUAUGAUAUUCAUACUAAUAUUAGUGAUGGUAAAAGGUUGUAAUCUGAAUACUUUUUUUUUUUCAAAGGUGAACCAAAUUGUGACGAUGUCCUCAUUAAAGUGUUAACGUAACAAAACAAUACUUACAAAAUUGUGCUUUAGACUUUAAUGUAUCGUGGAAGUCGCUCAUAUUCUGUCAUUCAAAUUUACACCUAAUGAAGAGAUUUGAGAUUAAUGUACUCAAAGUUCAUUCAGUGAAAGGCGCCAAAAGUAUGUGCACGCUAGUGACUCAUAAUGUGGUACGUAGUUAAAGAAGCAGGAAUGUAAUGAAAGAGUGAUUCUGUACUGAGAAGAAGUUUCUAUUUUAGUGGUUGUUGAUCUGAUGCAAAACAACACACCGUAUUAUAAAGCACAAAAUGAUCCAUAUGGUGGAUUUGUACCUUUACCGUUUCAGUGUUCUUGUUCUUAUGUCUUUCAUUGUCUUUAAGUGACAGUGGCUUUCUAUACACCUUCAUACCAGACAUUAACGUGUCAGUGUGUGCGUGUGUGUGCAUGAGGGCUAUGAGAAUAUGAGUGCCUACAUUUUCUGUCUGUGCAGUGUGUGCGUGUGUGUGUGUGUGUAUCUGUAUUCACAUCACGCCCCAUUCAAAAUGUCUCCAUCCAAGUUAAGAAGCACAGAGCGAGGUGAGAAGAAAUAUUAACAAAGGACAAGAAAGACAUGAGAGAAAUCCUACGCCGCCGCAGGCCUCAGUGGUGUGAGUGCUCCUGGCUGGGGGACACUGACAAGCUGUCAAUCGUGUGUGCCAGAACCUUUGCCAUCAAUGUCUCCCAUUACCAGCCAGUCAUAGUGCAACUUUCAGGAUGGAUUUUAUCUUGAUUGUAACCUCUGACCGCUCUUUUUAAGCUUUCCUGAUGAAAGGAUGAAUGGAUAUACAGAUAUUGCUUUUUGGAGGUGCCGUUUGUAGCUUCAUUUCACUGCAGCUUUUCAGAUUUCAAUAGGACCCAAGCAGGUUUUACCUCAGUGACUCCAAUUCUGCUCCAACAGAGUCACAGAUGAUGCAAUAUUUUCUCCCUGCACGGCAAUAUCCCAGCAGUAAUGCAUUAAUUUGAAAAUUCAGGCAUUUGAUUGGUCCUGUUAUCAGAUAUAUGAGAAUAGGGACUCCCAAUAGCCUGAAAAAAGUCCCCAAUUCAACAUUUUACACCCUCAGACACUGUUCUGGAGAGAAUGUAAAAAGUAUGUUCAAGAAAUUUGGCUGAAAUCUACAUCAACCGUCUCAACCAUAGCUCUUCUUCUUCUUCUUCUUCUUCUUCUUCUUCUUCUUCAUCUUCAUCUAAAGGGUGUCAUUCCUGUGAUCAGCGUUGCAUUCAUCCCAUUACCUCUGACCUGUAAAAUAUCAGGUCUGUAGUGACACAUAUUUCAUCCUCUGGACAAGAGACACCAGGACUAUUGUGUCCAUGUCUGUGACAUGAUGUCCACCUACAUUUUAAAGGAGAUAGUUCACGUCUUUUGUAGUGAGGUUGUAUGUAGUACUUACCUAUACUCAUUGUAUUACAUGUCAGCUGGCAUGUCUCUGGUUUGGAGAAGCAGGCUGGAGUCCAACAUGAAAGCUAAGCAAUGUACGGCUGUGGAUGGGGGGGUCAACAACAAAAUGUCUUUUAGCAACCUAAAAAAAAGUCCUUCCUAAAAAAAAUCAAGUGCACACUUAUAUUUUCAAUUUUCACUGCUUUACCUUGCCAUCAGACAGUUCUUUCCUGAAGCCUAGGGUUGAGCCCAAUAGUCAGAGGGAAUAAAUACCCAGUACGGAAAAUGUACUUUUUACAAGUAUUAUUUAAGUAAAACGUGUCAGUGUCUGUAGUUGUGAUGAAGGAGAAUCAUCAUUUGAAUAGCUGUGUUCAGUCUCUAACUCAAAAACUGUCUGAAGCUCACUUCUGUGAUGUGUUAUGUGUUCUGUAAAUAGUUUUAUAAUAAAUAAUAAAUAAAGCAACUUCUGAUCAGCCAAUAUCAACUGCAGAUGUAAAUAACAAGUUCUGAUUAGGCCCCACCCAUUUUAAGUUAAACCCCACCCACUUCUGGUCUAAAUUCUGCCCUUUCUAAGAUCAAAUAUGGAUAGAUACAGAUAAUGGUGUACUCGCUCAUCCCAUCUGAAACCAUCAUAUCCCUGUCUUCAGAGCCAGACUCCAUUGAGAAAAAUGGUGAUUUAACAACGCAUAAUACAGGAGCUGCUGGUCUAUCGCUGCCUCAAUCAGUUAGUUUGUGUAAUUGUGUGUCUUUGGCGUAUAACAGGCUUAGUUCAGAUUCACUAAAGUUACACAAUAACACAAACCAACUAACUGACUGAGGCAGCUGUAGACCAGGGGCUCCCUAUGUUCAGUGCGCAAAAUUACUGUUUAAUUCAAUGGAGUACGGUGGCUUUGACGAGAGCACAGAUGGGGACCUGACGCCGCUAUUAGCUUCCCUGUCAGAACAGGCCGUCCGACGGAGAAGUACAGCAGUGAAAAUACUCUCAAUAUAGCAUACACUUAAACUGUAAUAGAUCUUUUUAGUUUGGACUUUUUAAGGUGGCUAAAAUACGUUUUGCUGCCUCCCCCGUUUACAGCAGUACGCUGCUUAGUUUCCAUAUUGGUACUCCUGUCGCUUCUCCAAACACGGGGUGUGCCGACUGAGAUCUACCGACUGACACACUGACAAUGGAUAGUUACCCCAUACAACCCUACUUCAAAAAAUCCGAACUAUUCCUUUAACCUCAGGCAGUCAAUUUCACCCUGCGUGCAUGGCAGCAGGAGACAGUGGAUCAUCGAAGGCCAGGAUCCAAGAUACUGAAAAACUAUGCUAGAUCACCUACUGUCUAAAUGCCUGCCAGAAUAUCAAAUGUAUUCCACCGGUUCAUCUUUCACUACAGCUCUGGCCAUACACAGGUUCACAAAAGCAAACCCACAGUCAGUCAGUGGCCUCCGGGAGUUUUUCUAACUGUUGAAUCGAUCCGGCUGCUCAUAUUCUUGGUGUCCUUCAACAACCUUGUGAAUGUCUCAUCGUUGACUGCAAAAAAAAAAAAAGGAAAAAAAAAGGAUCCUUCAGUGGUGAAUUAGGUUUAGAAUAAAAAAGGGCUUGGGCAUUAUCAAAGCUAGGAACUAAACCAUGUGGUGUAACAGGAAGCUUAAACACAUUUUCAGUUAGACCUUAAAUUACUUUAACAAGAGGGUUGGGCAAAGAUUAUUCUGUACUUUCUCUAUGCACAUCAGAACUCCCAGCACGUCGGCAGUGAGAUAAUCAAACCAAAACAACAACAUUAUGUUAUCCAGGCAUCAAAGAUGCAUUUUCUGGGAAUACUCAGUACUUUGAUUGGGGCUAGGCUGGGUGACAGUGAUCUAAUAGAGUUCACAUUUCAGGCUGGAUGGUUGCUUCUUCCUGUCUCUGGAUCUGUUGGUUUUGUUUACAGUCACCAAAUUUUCUGACUUGUCUAUUGACCCUGCUUUGCUUCUGUAAUCACUUUAUUUGCAAUACAGCUGCAUGUUUAGCGACCAUUAUAUCAGCGUGUAUAAUAGAGUGCAACCAUAGCUGAUCAAUCUGAAUGCUGAUGUGUUUACAGUCUCUGCCAUCAGUGUGUAUUUGUUUGUGAAUACGAUGAUUCAGGGUAUUUUUUGCUCAGUUGCUUUGCUUUACCAAGCAAGCUAUUGCUUUAAAAGACAAAACCUUUACUGUCACAGAUUUUGACACUUCGUCUUCCUUAAAAUUGAUAUCAGUGGGAAUGAUGCAGGAGGGCAGGGGCGAAUGAGAUGGGGAAUUCACUACUGCAGUCCCUGUGUAUUCACUGUCAAUGUCAAUCACACAGUAUGGCUGCC